AUGUGCAGGAAGGGAAGUGCACGUGUUGGCCCUGGCGGUGGCACUCAUGGUGAUUGCAAAGGUGUUGGCAGUGCAGUUGGUAAUACUAAUUGUAGGGUUGAUGGUAGUCCAGAUGGUGAUGCUAAUGGUAGAAUUAAUGGUAGUGCAGUUGGUAAUGCUGAUGGUAGAGUUAAUGGGAGUGCAGAUGGUAAUACUAAUAGUAGGGUUAAUGGUAGUCCAGAUGGUUAUGCUAAUGGUAGAAUUAAUGGUAGUGCAGUUGGUAAUGAUGAUGGUAGAGUUAAUGGGAGUGCAGAUGGUAAUACUAAUAGUAGGGUUAAUGGGAGUGAUGUUGGUAAUGGUAAUGGUAGAGUUAAUGGGAGUGCAGAUGGUAAUGCCGAUGGUAUAUUUAAUGGUAGUACAGAUGGUAAUGCUAAUGGUAGAAUUAUUGGGAGUGUAGUUGGUAAUGCUAAUGGUAAACUUAAUGGUAGUGAUGUUGAGAGAGACAUUGAUAAUGGUACUAAUACCGAUAAUGGCAUUAGCAGCGGUAUUAGCAGUGUUAAUGGUAGCGUUAGUAAUGUUGUAAAUGGUAUUAGUAUUGGUACUGGUAGUGCUGUUGAUAUGAUCAGGAAGUUUCAGGGCAGUCGCGGCGUGAUCUUGAAGUCUUAUGCAUCUCAAGCAACUGUGCUGGAUGCGACUUACUAG